CACCUCUCCUCCUGCCUCCUCCCCGACCAACCGUCGUCAUCGCUGCGUCGCCUCACUCACUCACUCACUCUCUCUCUCACUACCUCCUGCCUCUCCUCCUCUCGCUGCAUGGCCUUGGGUUGUGCUGUGCUACGUCGCCACCCAUACAAAGCCGACGUGCUCUGCGUGCUCCCUCCCGCUGCCGUCCUACCAGACCAUGACACGAAGCCGCCGCUGCGAACUCAACACCAUCUGCGCCGCUCCAUAGACCCUUCUCCCCCGCCCGCUCUGGCAUCGCCGCACCCCCCCUUUCCCCAGCCAGCCAGUCUGCCAUGGCCGAGUCGGGCUGGCUCCAAUGGGCCAUCAUCCUCGUGUUGACCGCACUCGUCCUCUCCGUGGUCGUCAUCGCCCAAAUCGUGUCGGCCUACUCGUCGGCGUACCUGGCUGCGCCGCAGGAGGUGGCUACCUUCAUCGACGCCGUCGACUUCUCCAUCCAGGAGAAUGAGAGCUACGACCGCGACGUCGCCAAGGUGCAGCGCCUGGAGGACAAGCUGCGCCUCGGCCGCCUGCUGCGCGAGAUUCAAAAGGGAGGCGACGACCUGCGCGAGGAGCUCAACGCCUUGCUCGUCGCUGAGGGAGGCACGGCGCUGCGCACGAGCGCGCGGCUGCUUUGGGCCUCGAAGCGCGCCGAGCUUGAGGACCGGGUGCGCAGGCUGGACCUGAUACGGAUGCGCUUCCUGGUCGUCUACAUGGGCAUCAUCACGUCCAUCGCAGACAAGCAGCCGCCGCCUGCGCCGCCGCUGCCACGGGACCCGGAGAAGAUCGCCGCCUUCAACAUGCCCAUGAAGCCCAAGCUGCAAAAGUCUUUCACCGACAGCAUCGCCAAGCGCCCACCGCUCCGGCGGCUAACGACGCAGGCCAUCGGCCACCAGGAGAACGUCGCCACCCCGCAUAGGAAGGGCUGGGCCGGCGUCGUCGAGGAGCUGCAGACGUCGCCGCGGAUGCAGCAGCGCCAUGCGUCGAUAGAGCAGUCCAUGACGGGGUCGCCUCCAUGACACCGGCGCCCCAGUUCCACACGUCAUUCUACCUCGGUUCGACUCAUAACGAUUAUGAAGCAACGAAACAGAGCAUUGAGGAUAUCGAUCGACAGCACCACGUCAACGGCCACAGCCCACGGACGACACGACACGUAUGAAGAAACAUUUUAGCCAAGCAUUGUUGAAUCACGAGGAGCGCUGCAUUGCGGGAAGCCCCGGCGUUUGGUCACUUCACUUAGAUAGGAUACCCCCCUUUUGUUUCGAGGCGAGGCAAGCUCUUUGGGCUGGUUUAGUCUUCUUUCUGGUGCAUGUUUCUCAGCUGCACUGGGCUUUUACUUUGUCGCUCGUUGUUUGCACACCCUUCACGAUAUUCGAGACGUCCGUCUGCACGGCACCACUGGUAAUUGAAGAGGAGGUUUGGGUUCUCAGUGGGUAGACACGUCGUCUGGUCCGGUGCCGUUCCUCUCGCCGACUGUGGGAAGGUAUUAGAAGUGCCACUUAGAACAGAAAAGAAUACAGUCAUCUUACCGUCCAGUGCCACAAGGAAGCGAC